AUGGACUGGGGUUCAUAUUAUGAAAGGCUCGAGGGAUGGGUUAACCAACAGUAUGAUGGUAUAGCCAGUGCACAAAGGCGUCUUGAGAAAUCUCUGCAGGAGCAACAAAAAUACCUUAGUGCAAAUGCACUCGCUCUUAAAAAGUACCAACAGGAGAUGGGGUUAUUUCAGUCUUUGUAUUCUCGCAGUACCACUACUGAUGGCACCACCUCGCAAACAGAUGGACGACAAGGAGCACAGUCUCGGCGUUACAUAAUACCCCACCCAUGUCGUCGAAUUGCAGCUGAAUGCAUAGAUGUUACAAUAAUGAUGAUACUGAAGCUGACUGUAUUGUAUUUCUUCAGGAAUGACUCAAGUGUGGUUGAGCUCGCUAAAAGUAUUGGUUCAGACAUCCUGUCUGGUGUCCCAGAAUAUCGAACGCUACGGCACGCACAUGGCUGGGCGAAGUCGGAAUUCAAUGGCAAAGAUUUCCAAGUUUCAAGCAUUUGGAGGUUGUUCUUCUUCGCACAUAUGGGUGCAAGGGAAGAUUUUCUCGAUUUCGAAAUGUUAAUCCUAGUUGAUCAGAUUGGCCGAUUUCUUAGCGCCCUUCUAGAGGCAAUGUUAAUCAGACGAUCAAUUUUUGGAUCUGAUCCUGGGGGUGCGACUUUGGGAAAAUGGUUAAUGAACCUUAAAGUCGUUUCGUGUGAGGAAAUUAUAGCUUUUCCAGAUGUUGUAGAAGUAAUCCCAGGAGCGGAUUUGGGAAUUAUUCGAGCACUAGUACGUUCGUUGCUGAAGAGUACAAACUUCCUUACUUUCUUUUCAUUUGUGUGUAUGAUGGUGUUUCAAUAUCACCGGUGUACUUACGAUAUAAUUGCUGGAACUUUAGUAGUACAACCUAUUCCUCCCACUAAUGAACCAAAUAAUGAAGGUGAACAACAACAACAACAGCAGCAACAACACCAGUAGCGAAGUUACUGGAAUUAAUUACUCAAACUGAGUAUCUCCAAAACUGCCCUAUACACAACACACUUCUCUCACUGAUUUUUCGGAUAAUGGAAAUCGGACAAAGUCAUUCAAAUUGUAUAAAAUACCAUACUUUACUGUAAAAAAUGUCCUUUUCUUCAUAAAUAUUCCAUGCAUCAUGUGAAAUUUCCAUCCGUUUAUAUUUCUUUCAAAAACAGAGUUGUUAUUCGUUUAUUUUCUCUCUUUUUUCUUUUCGCAUCAUUCAUAUUCUUGGUAUUGUGCCAUUCAAAGUUUGUGCAAAAAUUGAAAUAGUAUUUAUUUGUUUUGUUUUUAAUCCUUCAAAAAAAGCAUAUUGACAACAAAUUUUUAUUUGUUUGACGGUUUUUUUCGUUUAAUGUAGCUGUGAGCCGUCUACUUCGUUAUUUCAUUGCAAUAAUCCUAUAUAUACAUAUAAGCAUUUCGAUAACUAUUGAAUUAAUUCCUUUAAUAUGGUGCUAAUGAACACAAAAAUACAAAUUAC